UGCCCCCAAAUAGUGUUUUAAGUGCUUACGAUGGAGUCGCCGGCUUUACAGGGCACAGAACAUGUUUGCAAGAAGUCCAAGGCCUGUGAGGAUGUGUGUAUAACGGAUUUAUCGACGAUCGCAGUGUCUGUGAAAAUGGAGCAUUUGCUGGACGAUGUGUGCGUCAAGGACGAACCUAGAUCCGAUGGUGUGUGUAUAAACAGUGAGCCAUCGAGCUCAGAAGUGAGUGUAAAAGAGGAGUCAGCCAGCGCGUGCGCGGCGGCGGAGCUGUACGCCGGCCACGCGGUGAAGGACGAGCUCGUGCUCGGCCCCGAGCUAGUGGAGCGACACGCAUCAGCAGCUUCCGACGGGGCGAUCGUAAUAGUGCGGCAGUCAUGUGUCCCUCGGAGACCGUUCCUGCGGGACUGCUCCGUGAGGCUGGAGCGCCUCGCUGUGGAGACUCUGCUCACCGGCAUGUGCAGCACAGACCGGGACAUGGCAUCAGGACAAACUCCACAGGAGAAAUCGAGUGGAGGAACCGACACCUACAGAUGUGCGCACUGUAAAUAUACGACGGUUAAGAAACUGCGCUUAAUUAAGCAUUUGAGUAAACACACCAGUGAGAGGCCGCACAGGUGUGACCAGUGUAACUAUGCUUGCAACUCCAAUGAUAAUAUGAAACUCAUCUGA